UCCUUUUUUAGGUUUUCAAAGCAAGGCACCUGUUUGAGACUUUAAUGGAUGAAGGAGUACCCUUUAUUCUAACUUAUGGCCGUGAUUUUAUGAAAUUAUCUUCUCAUAUUUAAUAGAGAACACAGGCAGAGAAAGACUUAUAUUUGGGUUCAUUUGUCAUCCAUCCAUUUAUUUGCAUUGCACCUGAGUGCCCAAAUGUUGGAUUGCAUGACAAGUUGUGCCUAAUGCACAGGAUGGAAAUGGGUGGUUGUUUGUCUUCUCAAAUGGAACCAUAUGAAAACCACCGGACUAAAUGUUUCCUCUGUUUUCAAUAAUAAAUGAAGAAAAGAAAAGAAACAGAUGGAUUCAGUCGAGAAAAGUGCUUCUUCUUUUUCCUCUCCUGUCUCUCUUUCUCUAGAGUCUAGUGGGUACCACGAAAUCACGAGAUAUCCUUGAAUCUUUUCAGCUUAUAUUCAUUCAUCGCCACUUCAUUUCUAUAUUUAAAACAAUCAGUUGAAAUCAGUUAUUUUCAGGGUAUUUACAAUAUCAUUAACCUUGCUCUGUUUUUUCUUCUGUUAGGAAUUUUCAUGGAUUCCUUUGUUAUUUUCAUCCAAAACCCAUUUAUGUUUCAUCUUUCCCUGCAAAACCCAUGGUUUAAACAAUUAAAAUAAUAACCUCUGUUAUCCUUUCUUCUGAUCAUAUCUCUGUUUUCAUCAUCAAACCAACCAAAGAAUCAAAACCCAUAUCCCCAAUUACAUAACCUAUGUUUUCAAAUCAGCUUUUCCUCUUUCUAGAAAUAAUUCAGUCAUUAGUUUUUCAAGAAAAUAUAAUAUAUUUCUGGUUGUCUUAGUUGAACAACAACACUUUUCCUUGUCUUUUUCUCUGUAUAAAAACAAUGGUGAAGUGUUUUUUCUUUAGAGCACUACUUUGCUUUAGGAAAGGGAAGAAGAAAUCAAUAUCUCUUCCUUCAACAUCAAAGAAUCCAGCCUCUGAAAUGGAGAAUAUGGAGAAAAGAAGAUUUGAUAGUUUGGAAUCAUGGUCAAUGUUACUUGAUUCUGAAACUGUGGAUACUUGGGAGGCAUCACAUUAUGAAGAUGAUGAUAAUGAGGAUCAAGGUAAAGAAGAAUGGACAGCUGAUCUUUCUCAAUUGUUUAUCGGUAACAAGUUUGCUUCUGGAGCUCAUAGUAGGAUUUACCGUGGGAUUUACAAGCAAAGAGCAGUUGCAGUCAAAAUGGUGAGAGUUCCCAACCAAGAUGAAGAAACCCGGGACUUACUUGAGAAACAAUUCACGUCUGAAGUUGCUCUGCUUUCACGCCUUCUUCAUCCCAAUAUUGUUCAGUUCAUUGCAGCGUGUAAAAAGCCUCCGGUGUACUGCAUUAUCACCGAAUACAUGUCACAAGGAACUCUGAGGAUGUACUUAAACAAGAAACAGCCUUACUCGCUCUCAACUGAAACAAUUCUGCGGUUAGCACUUGAUAUUUCUCGAGGUAUGCAGUAUCUUCACUCACAAGGGGUGAUGCACAGAGAUCUCAAAUCAAAUAAUCUGCUACUGAAUGACGAGAUGCGAGUUAAAGUGGCAGAUUUUGGUACCUCGUGUCUUGAAACACAGUGUAGAGCAUCAAAAGGUAACAUGGGAACUUACCGCUGGAUGGCACCAGAGAUGAUCAAGGAGAAACCUUACACAAAAAAGGUCGAUGUCUAUAGCUUUGGUAUCGUGCUUUGGGAGCUCACAACAGCUCUGCUCCCAUUUCAAGGGAUGACGCCUGUUCAGGCUGCAUUUGCUGUCGCAGAAAAGAAAUUUCGGCUUGUUAGUUAUCAGUGCCAAUUUGCCUUGAAUCUGAUAUGGAAAGAUGUAUGCCAAAGGUUGUUCUUUUUCCCAUCUUUUGUUUCCCAGAAAGCGAGACCGCCAUUGCCAGCUAAUUGUCAGCCUGCGCUUGCAAAUCUAAUUAAACGAUGUUGGGCUUCAAAUCCAUCAAAGAGACCUGAUUUUACCUACAUUGUAUCUGUCUUGGAGAACUACGAUGAGUGUGUUAAGGAUGGAGUUCCUCUUCCCUCUCAUUCAUCAGGCCAGAACGUGAUCUUAGGCCGCUUCAAGGACUGCAUUUCGGUGAACUCAUCUGUUCCUGUACAUGCAUGAUUGCACAAUGUAGAGUAUGUGGGUCUUUCGGAGGUAAAUGGUGAUUUUGGUAUGUUAUAUAAAUUUGUAAAUAACUUAGGCAAUCUGUUAAUAUCUAAUCUCUAACUAGUUGUACGCUA